CAGAGACUCUCCAAGCCUGCCUCGCCAUGGCCUUCACCCAGCAGAGCAUCUCCAGCGCCCGCAGCAUCUCCAGCGCCAGCCUGGCCGGAGGAUGGAUGCAGCAGGGCCGCAUGUCCACCGGGCCCUUCGCCAUCCAGCGGGCGGCCAGCGUGUACGGUGGAGGCGACAGCUACGGAGUGCGCAUCUCCAAGUCCACCUCCGCCUUCUCUGCAGAUUCGCUGAGCGCCUUCGGAGGCUCCUUCGGAAGCUCCAGCGGAGGCUCCGCGGUGAUCGGAGAUGAGAAGUUGACCAUGCAGAACCUCAACGACCGCCUGGCCUCCUACCUGGGGAAGGUGCGCUCUCUGGAGUCAGCCAAUAGGAAGCUGGAGUUGCAGAUCAAAGAGUUCUAUGAAAAGCGAGCUCCUUCUGUUGCCAGCGACCACGCAGGGUACUUUGCCACCAUCGCUGGGCUGAGAGAGCAGAUUGCAAGAAGACAUUCUGCAAAUCAAAGCAUCAUCCUGCAGAUUGAUAACGCUCAACUGGCUGCAGAAGACUUUAGAGUCAAAUAUGAGGUGGAGAUGAACAUGCGCUCGACGGUGGAGGCCGACGUGGCUCGUCUUCGAGGAGUCCGGGACAGUCUCACGCUUGGCAUCGGUGACAUGGAAAUGAGGCUGGAAAGCCUGAAGGAGGAGCUAGUGUACAUGAAGAAGAACCACGAGGAGGAGAUGCGUCAGAUGAGGGUCCAGCAGAGCGGCAACGUGAAUGUAGAGGUGGACAGUGCACAGUCCGUGGAUCUGUCGAAGGUGCUGGAGGAAAUGAGGGAGCAGUAUGAAUCUGUGGCAGUGAAGAACAAGCUGGAGCUGGAGAAGUGGUUCCAAGCUAGGGUGGAUUCUCUCCAGACGCAAAUCCUAACUCAGACGACGACCGUGAAGGAGUCUUCCUCACAGCUGUCAGAACUAAAGAGAAGCUACCAGACUUUAGAGAUUUCUCGGCAAAGCCUCUACACAGAGAUUCAGUUGCUGCAGCAGAAUCUGGAAGAAGUGAAAAGUCGCUACAGCAUUCAGCUCAGCCAGCUGCAGAUGACCAUCACCUCGCUGGAGACGGAGCUGCAGCAGCUCAGAGUCUCGAUAGAGCAGCAGCAGAUCAGCUACAACCAGCUGCUGGACAUCAAGAUGAGGCUGGAACUGGAGAUCGCUGAGUACAGGAGGCUGCUGGAAGGAGAGCAGAUUGUUCAGAAGAAGUCUGUGGUCAUCAGCAAGGUGGUAGAAAAAGUGGAAGAACACAAACCCCAUGUUGAGAGACGAGUGAAGACCAUCGUGGAGGAAAUCAUUGAUGGAAAGGUGGUGUCCUCUGCCGUCGACACCCAAGUGGAGACUGUUCAGUAACACUUAGCUCAGUCCUGCUGCCACCGAGCUUCCACUGUUACAUCGAUUUGACCUAAAUUGUCUUAAAUCGAUCGCUGUAAUUCACUUAGUUGGGAAAAAGCAUCUUUGUUUCUUGCCAUUUUCUUUUAUUUUCUUUUUAAUUUUUUUCUGGAAAUGCAAAGCAAAGUUGCAACAAGGCAUGAUGUUUUCAUCUGAUGAGUGUGAAACCAAAAUAUGAAUAGAAGUCAGAAAACGAAGAUUUAACAUUUGGCAUCAUUUCAUCACAAAUCUGUUGCUAAAACCACUUUUUUUCCACAAGGGUUUUAAAAGGGUUAAAAGACAAGUCAGCUUCAAGUCACGUAAAGAAAUGGAUAAAAAACUCAAAGUGUUUAUGUUGCAUGGGCGUAAGGUGUGCAUCUCCUGUAUGUUUGCUCUGGUGAAAAUCAUGAGAAUCUGCAAAAAUAAAUCAAGAAAAAUCAA